AUUUCUUUUUAUUUUUUAUUUUUAUUUUUUUUCGUACCAACGCUGCCUCCCCAAGUCAGUCAGCAGCCGUUGUACGUCAGGGCGUAUCGUUACAUCAUAUUCCUUCCCCUAAAGACAUACAUACGCAACGCCAUAAAACCAACUUCGUCAUCGUCGUCACAAUGGCCCCGACCGAAACCAAAACAUCAGAAAAUCCUUUGUCAGAAACCAACGGCGACAAGAAACCCGAAGUCAAGUCGGAAGCCACCGCUAACAACGAGCCUGGUCGACCAUUGGCACCACCUCCCAAACCUGGUGAAGAUUACUUCUCGAGUAAUCUAAGCCUUGAACCUAAUCCGUUUGAGCAAUCAUUCGGCACGGGUGGCACAGUAGAAACCCCGGGCGGUACCAAGUUGCCCAGCGUGGCGGCUCUAACUUCGCCGUCGUCGUUGUUGCCAGGAAACGGGGGAACACCGUUUAACUGGGGAGGCGGCUCCCUUAGGACGGGACCACUCAGCCCAGCUAUGCUCUCUGGUCCCACGAAUGAUUACUUUGGCGACACGUCGCAUACACUGCGAGGCGGUUUCACACCUAAUGAGAGUUCACUACGAACAGGUCUGACACCGGGUGGAAGUGGUUCUAUGUUCCCUGCCCCGAGUCCCAACUCCCAAGCCAUCUUUGCCCAAUUAGCAAGCGGUACAGCAACUCCCAGCACACUUGAUUUCCAUCGAACCGCCAUGAGCGCAGCAGCUGCUAAAGCCAACCGUGACAAGCAACAAACCCAACCUGCUGCGGCUCAGCCGCCGGAGACAAAUGGGGCUCAAAUCAAAGCUGAGGCCAAGCCGGCGUCGGGUGUCUUCGACCCCCAUGACAACGACGCUGCCAACGGCUUAUUCAUGUUGGCUCAGGGUGCACAGGGCCGCAACAGCGCACAGGCACAAUACCCCGUCGGCGGUAAUCAACCUGUACACGCGCACCCGGCUCCAUCCCAACCUACACAGGUUGUAACUACUUCACCACAUAUGAACGGGAAUGGCGCGGCUGCACCCACUCCUGCGAGAGGAGUUAGCGAAGCGGCUAGCGGUAUGUCGGAGGAAAGCGAGCUAGCCAAGCCCAAUGCCAGAGGCAAGGGCAAGCGCGGUGCACCUGCUUCCACAAACGGACGGCGAAAAGCUGAUGAGGCGCCAGCGAAGCAACCUGCUAGCAAGAAGACCAAGACAGCAUCGUCAUCCAUAAAUAGCAACGAUGACCACUCUUCGGACGAGGACGAUGAUGAUAAGUUGAAUGCUGAUGGCCAUCCUAAGUCUAAGAUGACUGAUGAGGAAAAACGAAAGAACUUCCUUGAACGAAACCGUGUCGCUGCUCUAAAAUGUCGGCAGCGUAAGAAACAGUGGCUGGCGAACCUCCAGAACAAGGUGGAGAUGUUCAGCAGUGAGAACGACGCGUUGACAGCUCAGAUAUCUCAACUUAGAGAAGAAGUUGUCAACCUGAAGACUCUUUUGCUUGCACAUAAGGAUUGCCCAGUUACACAACAACAAGGGUUACACGGAGCAUUCAUGCAGCAGGCAAUGGAAACCUACAACCCUCAAAUCAACCCUUAUGGUAUGGCAGCGCCCAUCCCUAACCAACCAGUGAUGGCCGGACAGGGAGUGCAGCGACGCUUCUCAUAGGAUGAUGGAGCCGCUCCCCCAGACCUAAGCUUUUCGGGGGGCAACUGAACUUCGACAAGAGCUAUGAUGAAAUUUGGAGGUAUUGAUAAGUAAAAAAUAAGUCAGGCUUUUCGAGAGCACUGGUUGGCCGGCGAAAUGGGUCCGGUAUCAAAGCAAGAGAGAAAAAAAAAGAGAAGAGGGAAAAAAA